AUGCCUCGUAGCCCACUGGGGGCCGAAGGGCCCCAUGUGCGCGACACUGAUAAAAGGGCCCCAACUGUCGCUUUGCAGGAGAAGACUUUGCAAGAUGCUUCAUUGACAGCAAUACUGUGGCCUCAAGAUACCGCUGCAAACAGUAAUCUUUGUCUUAUAGACCUUCAGGGAGAGGCCCUUUUAUCCACUCAGGAUCCAACUAAAGCUGCAGCCGACUUGCAGCCGCUGCAGGCACCUCCCGAAACAGCAGCAAAUGAAGGACAGCAGCAGGAAUCGCCUGAGUGCGAGCUUUGGGGCAUAGUACGCUGGCCUUCAGCUGCUGCUGCUUCGGCCGGCGACAGCGGACCCUGCUGCCUCUACGUGGGAGGAGAUAGCGUACAGGGGAAGGUGGCCCCCUUUGUUUCUGCAGACGGCCCAUGCACCCUUGCAGUCCUGCGGCGGGUGCGGCGUCCGCUCCUUUUAGACGUGUCUGGCUGCACGUACACAGUAGCAGAGGACGGGGAUGCCGCUGCUGCAGAUGCGGCUUCCGCUGCAGAUAAGGCUGCUGCUGCGCACAUGGAAGCUUGGGAGUUCUAUGGUGCUAUCGAGAACACCGUUUCCUUUUGCAGCGCUCCAGAACUAAACCCUUUCAAAGAGGCUUUUGCUGUUCAGGCCGCGCAUGUGUCACCUCUGCAGCAGCCACAGCAGCAGCCACAGCUGGGCCCCGUAGCAGCAGCUACUGCUGCCGCGGCUGCAGCUGCCGCAACAGCAGAUGCAGCAGCACCCGGUGAAACCGAUAGUGAUGCUCUGUGGCUCGUAGCUGCCUCCCGGCAGCUGCAGCAUAUGCACAACUCGUGGCAGCUGCUCAAUCUGAGUAAUGAACUGCGGAAUGAGCUGCAGUUCGGGCAAACGCAGCAAGCCGCACAGCGAGUACUGCUGCUGAAGGGCCGGCCUACCGCUUUCCCCAUUCCUCCCAGUGCUGCCCAAAUGCGGGACGAAAGCAAAACACUUAUUUGCAGCCGGAGUAGCAGUUUUUCUGUCACACAGAACACUAUAGACGGGGAGGUGUUAGUUUGCUGCAGGGAGGCAGCACCGCGCAGUGACGCAGGGGACUGCAUGCUCAUUGAUGACAAAAAAACCGACAAAGAGAGCGACCAACGGAACGGUACUCAUGGUGUUGCAAUUGUAGGCAUCUGCAGGUCUGUGCUGCAGUUAGAGAAGUCACGGGGGCGGAUUUACCAGGUGCAGCAGCUGCUGCAGUUGCCAGUGCAGCAACUGCUGGCUGCAUACCCGAAUUCAGUGCCGCCAGCAGCCGUCGCUGCGGGCCGUUCAGUGCUUUCUUCGGCAGUGCUGCUGCAGCGAGUUCAAGCUUCCCCAGCGGAGAUAGCAGCAGUUCUGCUGGGUGAUGCAGGCUUGCCGUCAUUGGGGCACUUCUACCAAACAGCAACUCCAGCAUCAACCCCUGCAGCAUCGCAAGGGGGAGGGCCGGUGAAAGUUGCAGAGCAGCAGAGCCACUGCCUGCAGCAACUUUUGCGGCAGCUUCCUAGUAUGUGGGGUUCUCUUCCUGCUGUCACUUCACGUGCUAUUCUCUACGACCCAGAUGUGGGCGGCUAUUUCGUGGUCUCUGCCGCCACGGUGCGAAAGUGGCUGUUUCGUAUUAUGGACUGCUUGGCUUUAGGCAGCAGCAGUAGCAACAGCGGCAGCAGCGAAUGGUUUAGUGUUGGGUGGGCCCUUGAGGCCAUUACGGACUGCGUGCAAAGGCACGGCUUGGCUGUGCCGGGAUUGCGCGUACAAGCCCACUCAGGAAGAUCAGCAGCAGCAGCAGGCGACAGUACAACGGAUACAGAUGAGAAUUUGCCGCUGCUGACAGCUGGCUUGCUUUUGCAGCUGCUGAGGCUUUUCUGUGACAUGAGGCUCCCGCAGCUCUGCUGCAGCAGCUAUCCGACAGCCUUGGGCGACAGUUGUCCUCCUCUUUCAACGGAAUCCGCGGCAGCAGCAACGGUAAAUGUGAACGGUGACCUAGAAGAUUUGCUACAUGGUUUGGAGAAGGUCCUGAGUGAUGCAGCUGCUUCGAAGGAAACUAAGGCCGCAGUGAAUCCCCUUAAACUGCAUUUCCUGCUAGCCGCAGAGACAGCCGAACGUGUGGGGUUGCCGUUGCAGCUGAAACAUGGUGUGACUUAUACUUUGUCUUCUGCAGUCACUGCAGUAGAGGUAAAGAAAUUUUGCGUAAAUCUAGGAAAGCUAUGGCAGCAAGUGCCGGUCAGGAUACUGCAGUGGGCAAAGGAACACAUGCGAAAUCGCAUAGCUGCUCUGAGGUCAAUUGCAGCUGCUGUCAUUGCUGCUGAAUGUCAGCAGCAGCAAAAUGAGCAGGAAGCUGCACACGAGCUGCUUUUCGCUGCAGCAAACCGAAUACCGCUUCUAGCAAUGUGGUUUCACUGGGAACAGCUGCAACAAACGGCUAGCUACCCCCUCUCAGCCCCGUCUCUCCUGCGUUGCUGCACUUACGGAUUUCCUGACUUACGCACCGACUUUUCGCUGCAGCGUGCACAGCAGCGUGCAAUCCCCACGUGUCUUCUGUACGGCAACCGUCCGCCUCACGGCGAAUCAGUUGGUCUCGAAACAGCAGCCGCAACAGCAAGGCUGAUGCAUGCAGCAGCUGCAUCCGUUGCAUCAGCGGCCUCAGGGGGAAGCAGCAGCACCCGACAGUUUGCUGCAUUGUUACCAGACGCAGAAGAAAGGCGCGCGUUCGUGCAAGGCAUGCUGUUGUCCCCUCUCCGCGGAUUUUUCAUUGCAGUUGAAGGGCAGCUUCUGAUGCUGCCAGCUGCAGAACUCCCGUUGACUUUGAGGGAGCGUCUUGUAGCUGCGUUUGCUACGAAGACCGUGUGGCGAGAAGAAGAGUUGCAGCCUUUCUUGAGCCUCUGCCGAUCUGGCAAGGAAGAGAGAAAUGAUCUUGCUGUGGAGCUGGGGGCUCCCCCGGCUGGCUACUGCUUUGUUCAUCAAGGCGAACUAUCUGCAGAAACAAUGGAGCAGGUGACCUCUUUCAGGUCCAGAAACGUCCCUCCGGCUUUCUGGGAAUUGGAUUAA